GCUUGUUUAGAGGAUUUUUUUUUUCUCUCUCCCCCCGUCUUGCAGUGCCACAGUGCUCAAUGCGUCUCCAAGUGCGCACGACCCGUCUGCAGCGGCGCUCCGCAGACCGCCUGGCAGGCAUCUGGCUGCUUUUGCGUUUAUUUCUGGAGGCGCCGCUUUUCGCUCAAUCACCCCCCAACAGGUGGAUAAGUCGAGCGGACAAGAACGUCGGUGAAAAAGCACCUUUCGUGGAAACCUGGAGGCGUUGCAGUACCAGGUGUAAACCACAGAGGAAACUUCGUUGUUGAUUAUUUUCGUCUCUUGGAUUUUUUUUUUUUUUUUUUGCGCGGUGAGCUGUAUGCGGUGUGCGCCGUCAUGCGUUUUUUCCCACCACCACCACCAUCACACAACAUCGUAUAGAAAUCGUGAUGAAAACUGACCGAAUCUGGAUGUACAGUUUGGAGCACUGUCAAGUCUCCAAAAGCCAAAGGAGAGAAUGCACACUAGACUAAAGAAAAACAAGAAAAAGACGGACUGGCAUCACAAGGAAAGAACACUAAUCUCUCUGAGUGAAGUUCCAAUGCCCAACAUCCAAAAGUGUGAACUCCCCCAACCUGGCAGCAGCUGUAGCAGUGUUAGCAGGGUGCUGGUAAGCUGAAGCCCAGGGAGAUGUCACAGCUGUACUACCGACGGACGGACAGCUCCUCGUACCGGGACCGCAUCCCGCUGACAAUUGUGCGGGCCGAGUCGGAGCUGUCACCGUUGGAGAAAGCCUAUCUCGGUGCCGUGGAGAAGGGGGACUAUGCUAGUGUCAAACAAGCCCUGGAGGAGGCAGAGAUCUACUUCAAGAUCAACAUCAACUGCAUCGACCCGCUCGGCCGCACGGCUCUGCUGAUUGCCAUUGAGAACGAGAACCUGGAAAUUAUUGAACUCUUGCUGAGCUUCAGCGUGUACGUCGGGGAUGCCCUGCUGCACGCGAUCCGCAAAGAAGUGGUGGGAGCUGUGGAGCUGCUGCUGAAUCAUAAGAAGCCCAGUGGUGGAAUGCAGGUUCCCCCCAUUUUAUUGGACAAGCAGUUCUCCGACUUUACCCCUGACAUCACUCCCAUCAUUCUGGCUGCACACACCAACAACUAUGAAAUUAUCAAGCUCCUGGUGCAGAAGGGUGUCUCUAUGCCGCAGCCCCACGAGGUGCGCUGCAACUGUGUGGAGUGCGUGUCUAGUUCAGACGUGGACAGCUUGCGGCACUCGCGCUCCCGCCUCAACAUCUACAGAGCGCUGUCGAGUCCCUCACUAAUUGCGCUCUCCAGCGAAGACCCCUUCCUCACCGCGUUCAGGCUCAGCUGGGAGCUGCAGGAGCUCAGCAAGGUGGAGAAUGAGUUCAAGUCAGAGUACGAAGAGCUGUCUCAGCAGUGCAAACAGUUUGCUAAGGACCUCCUGGACCAAACGAGGAGCUCCAGAGAGCUGGAGAUGAUCCUCAACUACAGAGACGACAUGAACCUGCUGGAGGAGGAGGGCAACAAUGAACUGGCAAGGCUCAAACUAGCCAUCAAGUACCACCAGAAAGAGUUUGUAGCUCAGCCAAACUGCCAGCAGCUCUUGGCGUCCAAGUGGUACGACGAGUUUCCCGGCUGGAGGCGCCGCCACUGGGCGGGGAAGUUCUUCACCUGCGUCUUCAUCGGCCUCCUCUACCCCGUGUUCGCUCUCUGCUACCUCAUCGCCCCUAAGAGUCGCUACGGCCUCUUCAUCCGCAAGCCCUUCAUCAAGUUCAUCUGCCACACGGCGUCCUACCUGACCUUUCUGUUCCUGCUGCUCCUGGCCUCCCAGCACAUCGUCACCACUGAGCAGGACAGGCAGAACAGGCAAGGCCCAGCACCGACCACUGUGGAGUGGAUGAUCCUGCCCUGGGUGUUGGGAUUCAUCUGGGCAGAGAUUAAGCAAAUGUGGGACGGUGGUUUCCAAGACUACGUCCACGACUGGUGGAACCUGAUGGACUUUGUCAUGAAUUCUCUAUACCUGGCCACUAUCUCCCUCAAGAUUGUAGCCUACACUAAGUACAGUGGCAGCAAACCCAGGAACCAAUGGGAAAUGUGGCACCCAACGCUAGUAGCCGAGGCGGUGUUUGCCAUCGCAAACAUCUUCAGUUCCUUGCGCCUCAUCUCGCUGUUCACAGCCAACUCUCACCUGGGGCCACUGCAGAUUUCUCUGGGGAGAAUGCUGCUCGACAUCCUGAAGUUCCUCUUUAUCUACUGUCUGGUUUUACUGGCCUUUGCCAACGGGCUAAACCAGCUGUACUUUUACUACGAGACAAAAGCCUCCGACGAGAAAGGAAAAUGCAAGGGCAUCCGGUGUGUUGAGCAGAAUAACGCCUUCUCCACGUUGUUUGAGACCCUCCAGUCUCUCUUCUGGUCUAUAUUUGGUCUGAUCAACCUCUACGUGACCAACGUGGACGCGGACCACCAGUUCACCGAGUUCGUCGGCGCCACCAUGUUCGGCACCUACAACAUCAUCUCGCUGGUGGUGCUCCUCAACAUGCUCAUAGCCAUGAUGAACAACUCCUACCAGCACAUUGCUGAUCAUGCAGACAUUGAGUGGAAGUUCGCCAGGACGAAGCUGUGGAUGAGCUACUUCGAAGAAGGGGCCACGCUGCCGCCCCCGUUCAACAUCGUCCCCAGCCCCAAAUCGUUCUUGUACCUCGUGUGUUGGAUCAAGAGGCAAGUGUGCAAGAGGACAAGCUUCAAACGCACUGAAACCUUUGGAGCUCUUGGUAGGCGAGCGGCAGAGAACGUCAGGAUAAACCAUCAGUAUCAGGAGGUUCUGAGGAACUUGGUGAAACGUUACGUGGCUGCCAUGAUCAGAGAUGCCAAGACGGAGGAGGGCCUGACUGAAGAGAACUUCAAGGAGCUGAAACAAGAUAUUUCCAGUUUCCGUUACGAGGUGAUGGGCAUGAUGAAGACGGGGAAACCUGCUCUGCAGGCUGCGAAGGCCAGCGGCAGCUCAGUGGACUCCAGCCUUGCUUACCCCAAUUCCUCCCUCGUGGUUCCUCCCUGCCCUCCUAGCAGCCAGUCCAAAAGCAAACUCAACCGAUUCAAGAUCACAGCGUCGAUACUGAAGCAGUGCAGUUCCAUAGCCUCGCCCAGGCCUCCCGAAGCCUCCAACGGUCUCCCUAAUGGACUCUUGCCUAUGAUGUCUGAUGAGAGCUCCAGCGAGGAGUCGAGCCAGAGGAGAAACUACCCCAAAGAUAUCACUGACUUUGGCUUGUUCCAGAAACGUGGGAUGUACUCUUUGUCUGAAGAGGCAGGGGAGUCUGGGGGCUCAGACGCUGAGGAGCAGGACAAAGAGCACAAAGCUACGGGUGAGACAGAACUCCUGGAGGUGCAAAAUAAGGAAGAAGCUGCUGAUAGUAAGGUGGAGUCGAGCACCAGCUUGGACAAAGGUGGAGAAAAAGUAAUGGAGGGAGGGGACAAUAAUUUACUUUGCACGGACUCAGCAGUGGAUGGAUGUUUGUCAGGAUCAUCCAGAGAAGAUCCGUUUUGUGGCGACUCGUGAACUGAGCCAAGUAAUACUGGAUUAAAGACAACGAGAGACUGACAAUCAGCGCGGGCUACAAGUGAGAAAUGAUUGUGCGUGUUUUGAAAAGAGUCUAGAUUUUAAAGCGCCACUAAAUGAACGAUCGUGUUUGAUCUUUGGAGACUCAGGGAGGCCUUUGGAUUUAAGCGUUUUAAUGCCGUUAUAUUAGCAGAGGAAAUGCAGCAAAAGUAAAUGGAGCUGAAAUGUUCAAGAGUUUAGAUUUUUGAAAACUGUUAAACUGAAUAUCUACUUUUAUCUCUUCCCAGCAGAUAAUUGGAAAAGAAUUAUUUCCUGACACUGAUGAAUUACUUUUUUGCUAACCUCCUCUCUCCCCCGUUCCCUUGUCAGACUUUAACCGAUCCUAUUGUUUGCUGUUGCUUCCCGUCGAGCGGUCCCUCCACACCUCUUUUCCUUUACUGUCGUCUUUACUACACAACUUGAACUAACCCCACCCUUAUCUCACUAGAGCAAUAGAUGUGUUCUGUUUUAGACCUGACUUUCUGCCUUACUCUGUCUCUUUCUGCACUUUACACACUUUGCAGUGGCGUACAGUCUCUCAAAAAAUGUGUCGAGCUCCGAUCAUGCAACAGCAGUUCUAUCGAUGUUUUUCUAUGCAAAAAAAAAAAAAAAAAACUGAACAAAACAAAACAAACAAACCUGCAUUGUGAUUCUCAGUACGAUGAGGCUGACUGUACAUUUGACACUGCCGGUUCCUGGCAGGUAUCCUCCUGUGUAAAUUGCGGCGAAGCUGAACUAUGGACGCAACAUAUUAUUCAUGUUAUAUAACUCCUACAGAAAAUAAACUCGUUAUUUUGAACAGA